AUGCUGCUCGCCACUGAAGCGGAUAUACCCCCAGAGCUAGUCCGCCGUAUCGCAUUGUUUUGCGUCGACUGGGACAAGGAUUUGGAGCCAACGCAGAAACGAGGGCUUGCAGCAUGCAGCCUAACCUGUCGAUACUGGGCGCAGCUUCUAACGCCUCUUAUCUUUAGGCGGCUUGUCCUCAAGAGUGCGGAAGAUAUAUUCCAGCUACUUGCCUUCCUCAGCGCGGCUGAUGACCGGACUCCUCCCCUCAGAGAAGCUGUCAAAAAGAUAGAGCUGGGCGAAGACCGAGCGACUACUAAAAUCCCGUGGAGCCACCACAUGGUCAAGUUGCACAAGCAGCUUCCGAACGUCAACUUCCAGCGCGAUAUGCAGCUGACCGUGACGGGGUCCUCAGGCAGUGGAGACGCAGGCAUGGACGAUACGUUCCUACUCCCUUUCCAUACUCUACCCAGGACCCUGCCUGCAUCCUGGACGCCCAUCAACUACUUGACUCUGCGUGGCCUACGCAUCGCGACGGUCAAGGCACUCACGGACUGCACCAAGAACAUUGCCACGCGCUUCCUCGUCCUAGACGACGUCACGUUCAAGAACGAGGAGAUGGGCGAGAUCCGGCGGCGACGGCUGCGGCGGUGGUCGGAGCUUGCCACCAUCAGCAUCACCCGCUGCUUCGAGCACGACGGCAUCGACCACCAAUUCAAGCUGGCUAACUUGCUGUUUGCCGGCCAGGGAUGCAUGUAUGCUAAUGACGAUGCUCUCGCGCUCGCCGAGAAAUGCCUGACUCUCCUCCUGGCUCACACGAACAACGGGGCCUCGCGUCCCUGGUUCGGCGUGAACUACAACUUCGCCGAUGAGCUAUACAACGACGCCCCAUAUCAUAAGUACGGCUACCGCGCUCGAUGCGAAGAGACUGGCAUCGAAGCCCGCGUGGAGCUUUCAGUUCCAGAGAACGCACAGCUCUCAACCUAUGUAGCCGUUCACCUCGAAUUCUUGCGCACUAAACCCGACUCCUCGACCCCGCCCGUGAAAUGGGACGAGCUCGAGCGUGAGCUGCCGAAGCUCGUGGAAACCGACAAGCUCUGGUUUUACAUCCAAUGUCCUACGCCAGCCGUCGCGCGAACCGUUUUGCGGCCCAUGCUGAAAGGCAAGAUUCUCGCCGAACUAUGCGGCCAGCAAAAGCGCGUCCGAAUGCUUGUGUAUGACGAGCAUGACGCCGACUUCGUUCUCAGGCUUACGAGCGCCAAGAUUCUCUCUGCGCCGAGGUCUUUUACCCUCGGCGGCACCACGGUCUCACUCAACAUCUCGAAGCGCAUUGAGUGGCUGCUUCGCGGUACCGAGCGCAGGGCGUAUCUGCUUAGCUUAGUUCUCAGCGCCCGCGCAGCAGCAAAUCAUACUAGCUCAAACUCUGAUAGUGCUACGGCUUCGAGUUCCGCCGGCUCAAGUAAGACAUAACUGGUGAGGCGAAUCUUCCAAUUUACCCCCUACAUGCGUCAUUGAUAUACAUGAUGGCCAAAGAACGACUUGCAGCAAAUCUCAUCCUCGCGGAUCGGAGAGACCAAUGAAAAUACUACUUGGCUUACUGGAUAGUCAGU